CAGUCAUUGAAGAGCUGCUGCAGCAAGACAUGAUGGUGCUUUGAGGACUACUCUACCAUACAGUCCAUCAUGAAUUUCAAUGGACUUCAGCGCCAGAGCAGCCAAGAAAAUCACAUUCUGGAUAAUACUCAGAGGAAGAAUAAGUCUUUGUGGCACAGGCGAUCACUGAGGGGAAACAGUGACCGACACCGGCAGAACACAGGCACUCUCUCCAGAGUAAACAAGACCAUACAAACUUCCACCAAUUCACUGGUUGACUACUCCGACCCACAAAGAAUCACAAUUACACUGGAAAAGCAAGACAAUGAAACAUUUGGUUUUGACAUUCAGACUUAUGGCCUGCAGCAGAGGAACAGCUCUUCAGUAGAGAUGUGCACGUUUGUAUGCAGGGUGCAGGAGGACAGCGCUGCUGAGAGUGCUGGCCUGACCGCAGGAGAUGUUAUCAUCACCAUCAACGGGGUCAGCAUUGAGGGUUUCUCUCAUCAGCACGUACUUGAUCUGAUAAGAAAGUCAACCAAUAAUCUAAAGAUGGAGACUGUAUGUGGGAGUGUGGUGAAGUUGAUCGAGCUGGAGAAGAAGAUGAACGCGCUUAAGCAUUCACUACGUGAGAGAUUGAUGGAGCUGCAAGAGCUCACAUUACAGGAACAAAGACUAACGCGAGGUAAUUUGAAUGACAGCAUUCUCCGCCUCUCAAUGGACUCUUCAGGAUCUCUGAACUCCCCCAAAGGCCACCGUGGCCUCCGUUUAUCAAGUGACAGUAGCUACAGGAGCAUGAUGACUGAUGACAGUGACCUGGCCAGUGUGUUUGGGGAUCUGAGCUCACCCGGCCCCUGCAGCGCAGCCAGCACCAAUGAAGAUGGCUGCUUCUUCACAGAUUUUCCUACACAGAGCAUGUCCAGGAGGUUUUCAUCAGGCUCCAGCAAUCAUCAUCAAGCCCUCAGCCGCUCCAGCAGCUCCGGUAUGGCCGGCAGCAGCGGCUCCCUCUCUCCUUGCUGGGAUGAAAAAAGGGUCUCCUCCUUGUUUGGUACCCUGCCCAGGAAAAGCAGGCGUGGUAGUGUUCGAAGACACAUCUUCAAGUUAAUUCCUGGACUCCAGCGAUCAGUUGAAGAAGAAGACAUGGGAACAAACUCUCAGUGAUUUGUUGUUCUACAUGAUACUAACGGUUGACAAGGUUUCUCUCAUGUUCUGAACAAUUUGCAGACAGAAAAAGACACUGUAAUGUAGUGUUUCCCACACUUUGAAGGUUGUGUUAAUCCUUUUAAGAAUACGUUUUUGCCUUUAUGGGAAAACAGAGACAAUGGACACUUCAGUGCUUGGCGUAUGUCAGUACCAAAGUUUUCUCAAGAGGGUCUUGAGCCUUUAAGGUGAGCCUGCCUGGCUCAACAUUUGGCUUGGACUCGUGGUGGCACAAAAGCAUUAUGAAAAUGUAAAAUGUUUUUCCUUUCAACAAGUGUUUGAAUGAAUGGCAUGCAUAACACGCUGCAGAUGAGAUUAUGUAUCCUACUAGCUUGAAUGAAAAAUGUUUUUUUUCUUUAUGCCAUAAUCACAGAAUGUGAUCAGCAUUAAUCUCUGCAGUCUGAGCUGCAGUAAAUGUAUUCAUGUAGCAAUAUGAAUUUUGAGAUUAGACUAUGGUGAACACAUUCAGGUAAUCAAAACCAAAACCAACACUGUAUAGAUAGCUGCUCAGCUGAAAACAGGAUGUGGGUGCGAGAAGUACUACUUUACUAUUUUCAUUUCCAAAAUCAUUUUCAGGCUGUAUAUAAGUUAUUUUCAGGUGUUCAGAAAACAAAAACAUGUUUUUGUAAAUUCUGAAUGUACUGUAUGUUUUACUUUCAGUGGCAAGACAAUGUAAUUGUGCAUGUUGACUUAUGCUUUAUCUUUUCAAACCAAGAUAGUCUGUAUGCAGGAGACAAUAAAUGUACAAUAAAUUUGUGAAGUUUUGUAAACCCA